AUGAUUUCAAGCUAUGCAAGGCAUGGUUUUGGGGAGGAUGCUAUGCAACUUUUUGUGCUCAGCUUGAGGGAGGAUUUUAGGCCAACUGAGUUCACACUAAGCAGUGUUGUAAGUUCUACUACAGAUCUUCCAGUCGAGUGUGGAAGUCAAGUACAUUCCUUGGCAAUCAAAUUAGGUUUUGAGUCCGAUGCAGUUGUUGGCAGCUCACUCAUUGAUAUGUACAGUAAAUUUGGUUCAGUUGAUUCUGCCAUGAAAAUUUUUGUUGACAUGGAGAUAAAAGAUCUGAUAUCCUGGAACACCAUCAUUAUGGGCUUGUCUCACAAUGGUAGAUUGGCUCAGACGCUGGAUAUGUUUAACGAACUACUUAAGUACGGUCCAUAUCCAGAUCAAGUAACACUAGCUGGGGUUCUAUUAGCUUGCAACUAUGGUGGUUUUGUUGAUGAGGGAAUGAUCAUAUUUUCAUCGAUGAAAGAGGUAUAUGGUGUGAUACCUGGUGAUGAGCAUUAUGUUUGCAUUAUUGACUUAUUGUGUCGAGCUGGGAAACUGAGGGAAGCAACAGAUGUGAUAAAAACAAUGCCGUAUGAACCCAGUUAUUUAAUUUGGGAAUCAAUACUCCGUGCUUGUGCAAUAUACGGAGACCUGAAACUCCUUGAAAAUGUAGCAGAGAGGAUGAUGGACUUGCAACCAGAAUCACUUCUACCUUAUUUGCUGUUGGCUCAGGCAUAUGAGAUGAGGGGCAGAUGGGAGGGCGUAGUCAGAGUGAGGAAGGCCAUGAGACAGAAAGGUGUGGUGAAGAAGGUGACUGGAUGCAGUUGGAUUGGAAUAAGAAAUCAUUUAUAUACUUUUAAUGCUGAACAAUUACAGCAUCAUGGCGGCAAAGAAAUUUAUUUAUUCUUGAGAUUACUGAUAUGGGAGAUGGAGGAUGAAGGUUGUGUAUAUUUACAGCACGAUAAAUUGGAUGCUGCUGGAGAGUAA